AUGGACGUUUUAAGUGCAUCCGACAAAGUUUUUGAUACGAUAGACGAAGCCUUGCUAGAUCAGAUACACGCCUCGAUUGUCGAAGUAGGGAAAUACCGGCUUAGAGAGAUGGAGGUCCAGAUUCAACACCUGGCUGAGGUAGAAGCAAUGUCGAUAGCUACAACCUCGGUAGAAAGCACAACAAUACGUGUUAACAGCGACCGGCCAUUGUUCCCAAGGUUGCCACCUUGUGCGACGCCGGCCGCUGCUCCCCUUUCGGAAGACGAGGACGAAGUCCCGACUCGAAACGUAUUGAAAAAACAAGCGCAGUUACUCGUCGAUACCAAAAGCCGUCGUAAAGGAUUCGCUUUCAGAAGAUGAAUUGUGUGAAACUUUCAUCUUUAUUCGAAAAAUUAUUAUUUAACGAAAAUGACAGAUAAUAUAUCAUAAUAUUUAAAUCAAAGUAAUGGAGAGGAAGUAUUUUUCUUUUGUAAUUCUUCCCUGAACACUCACAAUAUAAAAAAAAUUUUAACGACCCUGGUACAUUUCCAUUUCCUUUAGUAGUUUAGUGUAAUUUGUUUUUCAUAUCCCAAUACCUGAACAUAUAUUUAUUUCCACAUUUUUCGUUCCACCCUGGUAAAAAAUGUUUCA